AUGCAAGACGACAGCAUAGAAGCUUCUACAUCUAUAUCUCAGCUUCUAAGAGAGAGCUAUUUAGCUGAAACCAGACAUCGGGGAAACAACGAGAGGAGUCGAGCAGAGCCUUCCUCCAACCCUUUCCAUUUCGGCAGUCCUUCUGGGGCUGCUGAAGGAGGAGGCCAAGAUGACCUUCCAGAUCUUUCAGCCUUUCUGAGUCAAGAAGAAUUAGAUGAAAGUGUCAAUCUGGCAAGAUUGGCCAUCAAUCAUGACCCUUUGGAGAAAGCUGAUGAAGCUCAAGCUAGAAAACGUCUUUCUUCUGAUCAGAUGAAAUACUUAUCUAAACCAAGCUUUGAGCCUAACUUCUGCCAGGAUAACCCUCGAAGUCCUACCAGCUCUAAAGAGAGCCCCCAGGAGGCAAAAAGGCCACAGUAUAGUUCUGAAACCCAGUCCAAGAAAGUAUUCUUAAAUAAGGCUGCCGAUUUCAUCGAAGAGCUAUCCUCUCUUUUCAAAGCCCAUAGCUCCAAAAGGAUUAGACCUCGUGCUUGCAAAAACCACAAGAGUAAAUUGGAAUCUCAAAGCAAAGUUAUGCAGGAAAACAGUGCCAGUUUCUCAGAUCUGUCAGAAAGACGAGAACGAUCUUCUGUUCCCAUCCCUAUUCCCGCAGAUACCCGGGAUAAUGAAGUGAAUCAUGCCCUUGAACAGCAGGAAGCCAAGAGGCGUGAAGCUGAGCAGGCUGCCAGUGAGGCAGCUGGUGGAGACACCACCCCAGGGUCUUCACCUUCAUCUUUGUACUAUGAAGAACCUCUGGGGCAACCUCCCCGGUUCACUCAAAAGUUACGGAGCAGGGAAGUUCCAGAAGGAACCCGAGUACAGUUGGAUUGCAUAGUGGUAGGAAUUCCACCACCGCAAGUAAGGUGGUACUGUGAAGGCAAAGAGCUUGAAAAUUCCCCAGACAUUCACAUCGUCCAGGCAGGAAAUCUGCACUCGUUGACCAUUGCUGAAGCCUUUGAAGAGGACACAGGACGGUAUUCCUGCUUUGCUUCUAACAUCUAUGGGACAGAUUCAACUUCUGCUGAGAUUUAUAUAGAAGGAGUUUCUUCUUCUGACUCAGAAGGGGACCCUACCAAGGAAGAGAUGAAUCGAAUCCAGAAGCCAAAUGAAGUGUCAUCCCCUCCCACUACUUCUGCAGCCAUUCCUCCAGCAGGACCCCAAGCCCAGCAUUUGGUGGCCCAGCCCAGCGUGUCAACCAUCCAGCAGUGUCAGAGCCCUACCAAUUAUUUGCAAGGAUUGGAUGGAAAACCUAUCAUUGCAGCUCCUGUGUUUACAAAGAUGCUACAAAAUUUGUCAGCUUCUGAGGGUCAGCUGGUUGUCUUUGAAUGCAGAGUAAAGGGAGCUCCAUCCCCUAAAGUCGAAUGGUAUAGAGAAGGGACCUUGAUAGAAGAUUCUCCAGAUUUUAGGAUUUUACAGAAGAAACCUCGAUCCAUGGCAGAGCCAGAGGAGAUUUGCACGUUGGUCAUUGCUGAGGUGUUUGCAGAAGACUCUGGGUGCUUCACGUGCACUGCCAGCAACAAAUACGGCACAGUGUCAAGCAUCGCACAGCUAGUCGUGAGAGGAAAUGAAGACCUCAGCAACAAUGGGUCUCUGCACUCAGCCAACUCCACCCCCAACCUGGCUGUGACUGAGCAGCAGCCAUCCCCGCCCAACCCAGAGCGUCCUUCAAUGGAACAACCCACCAAGCCGAAACUUGAAGGGGUUCUGGUGAACCACAACGAACCCCGGUCCAGCUCUAGGAUUGGGCUCCGUGUGCACUUUAACCUGCCUGAAGAUGACAGAGGCAGUGAAGCAUCCUCUGAGGGUGGCGUGGUGACCACCAGCCUAACCAGGCCCAAUUCUUUCCAGGAGAGGUUCAACGGACAAGCAGCAAAAAUCCCGGAGCCUUCCUCGCCUGUAAAAGAGCCCCCACCGGUUCUGGCCAAACCCAAACUCGAUUCCACUCAGUUACAACAGCUUCACAACCAGGUCUUACUGGAACAACAGCAGUUGCAAAACCCAUCUCCUUCAUCUCCUAAGGAGUUUCCUUUCAACAUGAGCGUUUUGAACUCUACUGCCCUCCCGGUGGUGACAGUACCCAGCAAGCAGGGGAAGGCUCCUUCAUCGCAGACGUUCAGCUUGGCCCGGCCGAAGCACUUCUUCCCUCCCACGAAUACCACCGCGGCCCCCGUGUCCCCUUCCAGCUCUCCGGUGUUCACCCUGAGCAGCACUCCUCAAACUAUUCAGAGGACAGUGAGCAAAGAAAGCCUCUUAGUUUCUCAACCCUCCAUGCAGCCCAAAUCCCCAGGAGGGAUUUCCAUCCAAAACGAGUUACCCGCUCCAGGCCCAGCAGAGCCAGCACCUCCGCCACCGCCACUCACAUUUUCCAUCCCCAGCGGAAACCAGUUUCAGCCCCGCUGUGUGUCCCCAUCUCCUGUCUCCCCCACCAGCCGGAUUCAGAACCCAGUGGCUUUCCUCAGCUCCGUUCUCCCUUCUCUUCCUGCCAUCCCACCCACCAACGCUAUGGGGCUGCCCAGGAGCGCACCAUCCCUGCCACCCCAGGGACUAAUGAAGAAAAAUACAAAGCCAUCUCAACCAGUGAAUGAUGAUUACAUUCGUGAAACUAAGAAUGCAGUGAUUCUAGAUUUGGGGAAAAAAAUGAAUUUCAGUGAUGUCCGAUCAAACCAGCAGGAGUACAAAAUUUCAAGCUUUGAGCAAAGGCUUAUGAAUGAAAUAGAGUUUCGCUUGGAACGUACUCCUGUUGAUGAAUCAGACGAUGAAAUCCAACACGAUGAGAUCCCCACGGGCAAGUGUAUUGCUCCCAUCUUUGACAAAAGACUCAAGCACUUCCGGGUCACAGAAGGCUCUCCAGUCACAUUCACCUGCAAAAUUGUUGGGAUACCUGUUCCAAAGGUGUACUGGUUCAAAGAUGGGAAACAGAUUUCUAAGAGAAACGAGCACUGCAAAAUGAAGCGAGAAGGAGAUGGGACAUGUUCUCUGCACAUUGAAUCCACUACUAGUGAGGAUGAUGGCAACUACACCAUCAUGGCGGCCAACCCCCAGGGGAGAAUCAGCUGUUCUGGCCACUUGAUGGUGCAGAGUUUGCCCAUCCGCAGUCGACUAACCGCUGCCGGUCAAUCUCACAGGGGCAGGUCCCGAGUGCAAGAAAGAGACAAAGAGCCCCUACAAGAACGCUUUUUCCGACCACAUUUCCUGCAGGCUCCUGGGGAUAUGGUAGCUCAUGAGGGGCGACUCUGUCGGCUGGACUGUAAGGUAAGUGGCUUGCCACCCCCAGAGCUGACGUGGCUGCUCAAUGGCCAACCUGUACUACCAGACGCCUCCCACAAGAUGCUGGUCAGAGAGACCGGAGUCCACUCUCUGCUCAUCGACCCGCUCACUCAACGCGACGCAGGGACCUAUACAUGUGUUGCCACCAACAAAACCGGACAAAACUCCUUCAGUCUGGAGCUCACUGUAGUAGCCAAAGAGGUGAAGAAAGCACCCGUGAUCCUGGAGAAACUGCAGAACUGCGGCGUUCCCGAGGGCCACCCGGUGAGACUGGAGUGCCGUGUAAUAGGCAUGCCGCCACCUGUGUUCUACUGGAAGAAAGACAAUGAAACCAUCCCUUUCACCAGAGAGAGGAUCAGUAUGCACCAGGACACAACGGGGUAUGUCUGCCUCCUCAUUCAGCCAGCCAAGAAGUCAGAUGCUGGCUGGGACACGCUGUCAGCCCCGAACGAGGCCAAGAACGAGGCCGGCAUCGUGUCAUGCACUGCGAGGUUGGACAUAUAUGCUCAGUGGCACCAGCAGAUCCCACCUCCCAUGUCUGUCCGACCCGGUGGUAGUCGCUACGGAUCUCUCACCAGUAAAGGACUUGACAUUUUUUCGGCCUUUUCCUCCAUGGAGAGCACAAUGGUGUAUUCAUGCUCUUCUCGGAGCGUGGUGGAGAGUGAUGAACUUUAAGAAUGCCUGGGUACCUGCCGUGUGAGGGUGCAGACUGUGGAGGGGAAAGGAGGACAAGGCAGACGUGGUGGUUUCCAAGCCACUGGAUUUGAGUAAGUGCCCACAUCGCUGAACCUGUGGCAAGGAGGGCUUGGAUAAACUGGCAGGGACUCUUGCAGUCUCAGCUAAGGGAGAGAUGCAAGACUGUGCCUUUUAAAGAGCCCAACAAAAGCUUGAGAAGAUAAUGCACGCGAACCAAAGAUGUCAUAACAAUUGUCAUCCACUGCUUUGGGAAAAAACUAGCAAGUUCCCUCCCCUAUUCCCUGUGUGUUAGGGAUGUUUAGGCCCCACAAGGAACAACAAGGGGCCACAAGCCUGGGCUGGGAGGAGUUAGUAGUGACCUUAGCAUAAAUCACCAAACAAUGCCAAGGAAAAAGGCGAGGAGGUCACUAUCACUGUUCAUUGACUACAUCCAUAGUGGGUGAAUUCAUUAAAUCCUCUUUCCGCAUUAGGAGGUCCUGAUAUACAACUCACAUAGAUGGAGAAUACUUUUGACUUGCCCACCUGGGCUGUACUGAGCCAUAUAAUAAGGUGCCAAAAUGUGCUUGAGCUACAAAAAGCUUAUGGAAACACACAAUAUUGCACAGGGCGCUUCUUCUGUGGCCAGGCAGAACCCCAGCCUGUUGCACCAUUUUCUUUGGGAUGGCGACUGGUUUCUCUUCUUUCUGACUUUGCCCAUCCCUAGACUCUAGAACUAAAGGGUUGUUAAUAAACCAAUCAGAAAGAUCUUCUGCGGAGUCACCUUUUAAACUACUGGCUUCAUUUGCCACUUCCAAAACGUGCAAGAGUCAUCCUCCUUUGCCCAUGAAAUACUGACCCAUGCAUGUCUCACCACUCCCCAAAAGUCCAGAAGUGUAGGAGGCAGUGAGGGAGGAAGAGAUGCCAAGUAAGAAAAGUAACCAAGGAGUGUUGUUCUUUUACUCGUCCCAGCAGAGCAGCAGUUGCAAAAGGAGAGAUUCUAAGUAACUGUGAACCACAUUGAGGUCAUUGAUCAAACUGCAUUUUCUAUGUAGAAAAUAUUAUGCUAACUGGGAAAGUGGGAGAAGAGGGGAGUGUGCAUCUUCAUUCUAAUUUACAAAUUUAAAGUCUGCCUCUCAACUUAAGGAAUUUUUUGACUUAAGAUAAUUGCAAUAACCCUGGUGUCUAGAAGAGCACCCAGCACGAAGUAGACAUUCAACAAGUAUUUGCUGGAUUAAUGAAUUUUAUAUCAGACAUAGAAAUCCAUAAUUCAUGCACUAGUCCAAAAAUGUCCCUAGGAAUGGUCAUCAUAGCAUAGUUUGUCCCACGCUCACCAGGGAAAUGAAUUAGAGAUGUCUGCUAUCAACUCUCUGUCCUCAGAUCUCUGGGAUUCUCUGAACCAGGCACCUACAGCUGGUAUCUUCUUCAAGUAAAAACAUAGUAAUUGCUUAGAAAGGCUUGAAACGUUCUUUAUGCCAAGGCAAGGAUUUCCAGCAUAGAAAUCAUUUUUAUUUUUAACUUGCUGUAGGUGGCAUGUGCUUGCCAGAGAGAGAAAGUGAGAAA